AUGAAGAACUCCGUUCAACUGCUCACUGUCCCCGUCUUGGCACUUGCUGCUCCGAUGCGCUCUGGCACGGAGAAUGGUGACAAGCUUCGCAUCCGAGAUGCCAGUAGUGUAACCUGCUCCAACAACUUCUUGGUCAAGGUCCCUUCCGUUCAGGCCCUUGCCGAUGACCUCAAGGCCCGACCUGCCGACGACGACUUCGACAUUGAUGCCAACGUGUGUCACCAGCUCGGUUGCAAGAACGGUGCGGUCUCGUGGCUGUGUAACCGAACCGAUAUGAACUCCGCGGCCAAGGCCAAUGGUCUCGGCGCCGCCAUCGACACCAUCAUCGGCAACUGUCAGGUGCCGGAUGGAUCAGGCAACAUGGUUGUGAGUGGCAGCGCGGACUACGAUGCUGGUGCCUACGGUAUCACUGUCUCGGUCACGGCCGGUCAAUGCUAA